CAUAUAAGAAUAAUGAGAUGCUUCACAUCGAUAUCAAAGAGCCUGAGUAGUAAGAAAUUCGUUUUCUUUUCUCUUAUUGUUGGGUGAAACUUAAAAAGAUGGGAAUUUCUGUUUAGGCAGUGAGAGUUCAUGUGGUGAUGUGGAUACUACUCCUGAUUCUAAAAUAUCGAACGAAUUUGCUUCUCAGUUAAAACGGUAUUCGACUGAGGAUUUGGAAUCCAAUUUCUUUAUGAGUGGUGCAAAGUGGUUGUGCUUCAUGUUGUGGUAACCUCGGGCGUGAGCAAAAGGUGAAAAGAAGGCUGAAGGAGCAAUAAAAUGGUGGUUACCAAUUCUAAUUCCCAGAACAGGGAGAUUGUGGUCAGGAAGAGGAUUGCAAGCAUAUUCAAUAAACGAGAAGAGGAUUUUUCUUCCUUGAGAGAAUACAAUGAUUACUUGGAGGAAGUGGAGGACAUGACAUUUGACUUGAUCGAAGGAAUAGAUGUUCCUGCUAUUGAAGCGAAAAUUGCCAAGUACCAGGAAGAAAAUGCCGAACAAAUAAUGAUUAACAGAGCUCGUAAGGCUGAAGAGCUUGCUGCAGCUCUCGCAGCAAGCAAGGGACAUCCCAUACAAAAUGAAACUGAUGCGGGUCUGAGCCAAGGCUCACAAGCAGGAUUUGGUGCUGGUACACAGGGCCAGUAUGCUCCUACAGUUUCAGGGCAACCACGUCCAACCGGCGGCAUGGGUCCACAACCACUACCACUUGGAGGAGGGGGGCAUGAUCUGCACGGAUACGCUGUUGACGAUGAAGAAAUGGUGAAGCUGCGAGCAGAGAAGGGUGGUCGGGCAGGAGGGUGGAGUGGAGAGAUAAGCAGGAAGAGGGCACUUGAAGAAGCCCUUGGUAGCAUUUGGAUUUGUUAGGAUCAUAAUUUUUCUCCCGAGUCUGUAAUUGUAAGAGCAGAAACAUGCCUUCUCUUUAUGGAAAAAAGAGAAGGCAGAAUUAUGUACGAGUGCAAAUUAUUUAUCAGAAAUAUGCCUUCUUUUUAUGCAACA